GCACCGGCCCCUGGGAAGGGGGUUGCAGUGCCCGCCGGUGCUUCCCCUCCCUGUCCCCUGGAACGAGGAAGCGGCUCCGGCCACCUUCAGCCGUCACUCGGCAGUGUAGUCCUCCGCUGGCACCAUCCCCUCGCCCUGCAUCCCCGCGUGCAGGGACCUUUCACCACCCGGGGAUUGAGGGUGCUGGCUCUGGACAUGGCUGGGCAGAGAGGAGGGCUGCCCCUGCCCCUGCUGCUGCUGAGCCUUGCCGUGCUGGACUUCACUUUAGGGACCACCGUCACAGAUGUGACAGUCACCAUGUCCCCGACGCUCCCUACCUCCUCAACACCUACAAAGACCAUGGCACUGCUGCGCACCACCGACUCCACCACCGCGGCCGCUGUCCCUCCUUCCAGCCCUGAAACCUCCACCCCAGAGGUGCUGACGGAUGCCUUCACAGCCAGCGAUGCAACGCCUCGCGGGAGCAGCGCGGCAGCCUCCAGCAUCACCACACCGCAGGCGAGGGGCAGCACAGCCCGCAGCACUCCUGGGUCGCCCACUGGCACCACGGUGCAGCCUGACCCCACCCCAACAGGGCCAGGGCUCACCAGCGGCACCCCAACUCCAACCCCCAUGGCCACGACACCCAACUGUGCUGAGACGACCAUUGUCACGUCUGUGGGGACCAGCACGGCCCUGGCUGUCAGCUCGUUUGGAGUCAAAACAAGCCCACUGCCUCCCUCCCCCUCUUCUCUUCUCUCCUCCACCUGGGUGGGCACCACGCUUGGCACCAGCACCCGCCAAGGGCCAGCCGUGACCACGCUGCUUGGCAGCACAUCCCCAGGGACCGGCAGCGCCUCUUCACCCACCGCACCGGCACCGACAGCCACUUCGGAUGAGCCCUCGACGACCCCGCUGGACACCACGGCCACCCCCGUUACCAGCACGGGGGUCCCUGGGAGCACCUCCGCCCUCAGCCAGCCAGCCGGGACCACGGCCGGGACCACCCCUGGUACCUCCACCCCGACAGCACCUGAGACCUCCAGUGCCGCCGCGGGUACCACUGCCACGGAUGUGACAGUCACCGUGUCCACAGCUCACCCUACCUCCCCAACACCUAUGGAGACCUCGGCACUGCUGCCCACCAGCACCUCCACCACUGCAGCCACUGUCCCUCCCUCCAGCCCUGAAACUGGAGCCUCCACCCCAGAGAGGUCCAGCACGUCACCGGGGCCCGGCAGCACCUCUUCUCUCACCAUGCCUCCUCCCACCGCACCAGCACCGACAGCUGCUUCGGCCGAGCCCUUGACGACCCUGUCAGACACCACGGCCACCCCUGAUACCAGCACGGGGUUCCGUGGGAGCACUCCUGCUCCCAGCCAGCCAGCGGGAACCACAGCCAGAGCCACCCCUGGCAUCUCCACCAUGACCUCGGGGCUAGUCCCAGGCACCCCGACAGCACCUGAGACCCCCAGUGCAGCUACGGGCAUGGAGCCCUCUUCCCCCGCCACCGACUCAACCCAGACCCCAGAGGUGACCCUCAGCACCCCUGCAGACCUACCAACGACACUGCCUGUCUGCCCCACCGCCACAUCCAACACCAGUGCAUCUCACCUCUUUUUGUCACUGAGGCUAACUGUCCCCUUGGACCUGGGGAACACCACGGUGCAGGAACUGGUGUUGUCCAAGCUCCGCAGGGACCUGCAGACGGCGUUCCCAUUUGCCGGCCUGGCAGUGGAGUGGCGAGGGCACAGGAGGACCUGACGGCUGCUCCUCGCCUGGCCGGCACCCGUGUGGACUGGCAAGCCUUCUUCUCCCAGCUCCUUACUCCACGGCGACGCAGCCCUUCGGGGUAACCUGUACAGCUCCCCUUGAACCUGGGAACACCCUGUCCUUCACUGCACACCCCCAGAGGACCCCCAGUGCCUCCCGUGGGCUAGGGUGCCCCUGCCCCUUCCACAGCCCGUCUGUAGAGCCCGAGCCCUCCCACCACACUGCACCAGCCGUGGGACCCCCCAGUGCUGCUGGGGGGCUGGGAGGAGGGGACCCUGCAGGGGCUGGGCUUUUACAGCUGGGACUGAGAUGGCUCAGCCACAAAAGCCACCCUGGGGAUCGAUGGAUGAGAGCAAGGAGACCUGGACCCCCCGGUACUGCUGUGCCCAGGGCACUCGAGGGCUCAGAGCUGGUGACCUCUGUGGUUUGCAGCCUGGGGAGGCUGCGGUGCCCGAGGUCUUCAAGAGAUGCUCCACGGCUGCUUCACCUCCAGAGCGGCCCAAGAUGGACCCUGGGGUGGCUCUGGGAAGGAGGCAGGAGAGGAAAAGAGCCUGCCUCUCCCACCUGAGCCCUGUCCCAGGUCCAGCUGAGCUCCUGAGCCCUGCAGCACAGAGGGCGAGUGAAGCCAGAGCCCCGCACACCAUCUGUCCCCAGCUCGCCUACAAUAUUGCUGACAGAGGAGCACACCCAUGCCAACAUGGGCUGGCCAGUAAAGGAAAUCCCACGUUUUCUGCGGCAAAGAUGAUGACUUCUUUUUUUUCUGAAUUGCCUUCCCCAGUUUUCAGCUUUGCCACCUAGCAGAGGUACAGGCAAGAAAAAACGGCUGAGUUCCAAAAGCUUCGCAGCGGAGACGGGCUCAGGGCUGUCCCCUCCUGUCAGGGGCUUCUGCAGAUGUUCCCAAGGAUGGCUUGGCACCUCGACAAGCUGGGGGGGUUCCCGCUUUCAUGCUCUCUGCCCCAUGACACCCCAUGGCUGCCAGGGCAGCUGUGCACACCAUGGGGCCGUGGAAAUCCCGUGGGCUGUGCUCCUUCCCUGUUUUUUUCCAGUCCCCACCUAAGGAGACGGCCGCAGCGUCUGUCCCCCUGCAGCAAAGUCAUUUAUUAACUGAUUAAUUAGCCAGAUAAAAUCCAACUGAAGCAAUUAUUAGCCUAAGCAAGUCACCUCGCCUGGAGAUUGAAAACUGAAAUAAUUAGCAAAAUAGCUGUGUUGCUCA